GAGCGUGGAUUUGGGUCGUGUGGAGAGGCGAUCACCAGUUGGGUGCGGUUUCCUUCCACGCUUGGGCUCGAACAACUGACGCGGUGUCGUUAAAGUUGCUCGCCUCGCUCACACGCCGCUUCGGCUUCUCUCAACUACUGUUUGCUUCGCCGCCGUCGCUGGCGGCAAACCGCCAUGCCUCGUCGUCGAGGAACCCCUCUCCCUACUAUCCUCCUCCUCCUCGCGUUCGUCGGCGGCGCAUGCGGAACGGAGAUCCUCUCCAAGUCCCGCCUCGAGAGCUGCUCCCACGACUCGGAUGCCGGCGGCCGCCUCAAGUGCGACCGGAAGCUCGUCGUCGACCUGGCCGUCCCCAGCGGCGCCAGCGGCGGCGAGGCGUCGCUGGUGGCGCGGGUGGCCGGGGUGGAGGAAGAGAACGACACGCCAUCGGCGACGAAGAGCAUCCGGGAUCCCCCCGUCAUCACCGUCAGCAAGUCCGCCACCUACGCGCUCUACGCCCUCACCUACCUCGACAGGGAUGUUGCUUACAGGCCUGACGAGAAGUAUGUCAAAACACACAAAUGUGAACCAUAUGCCGGUGCUAAAGUUGUUGGAGAGUGUGAAAGGUUAUGGGAUGAGAAAGGCAAUGUAAUCAAGCAAACAGAGCCUAUUUGCUGUCCAUGUGGGCCUCACCGUGUACAAUCGAAAUGUGGAGACAUAUGGUCUAAACUGACCAAAGGAAAAGCUAAUACGGCUCACUGUGUGCGAUUUCCAGGCGACUGGUUCCAUGUAUUCGGAAUUGGAGCAUGGUCACUUCGGUUCAGUAUCAGAGUACAAGUGAAGAAAGGAUCUUCUGUAUGGGAUGUUGUUGUUGGUCCAGAGAAUAAAACUGUUGUUUCUGGAGAUAACUUUCUGAGAGUAAAAGUUGUUGGUGAUUAUACUGGUUAUACAAGUAUCCCAUCAUUUGAGGACAACUAUCUUGUGACUCCACGGAAGGGUACUGGUAGUAGUCAGCCACAAGACCUUGGUAAUGAACAUUCCAAAUGGAUGAUAUUGGACAGAGUUCGUUUUACACUAGACGGGCUUGAAUGUGACAAGAUUGGUGUUGGUUAUGAGGCUUAUCGAAACCAACCUAAUUUCUGUUCAGCACCAUAUGGGAGCUGCCUGGGAAACCAGCUUUGGAACUUCUGGGAGUAUGACAAAAGACGGAUCGACAACAGCCAACUGCCCCUAUAUAUUGUGGAAGGAAGAUUUCAGAGGAUUAAUCAACAUCCAAAUGCAGGUGCUCAUACAUUUUCUGUGGGUGUCACAGAAGAUCUUAAUACCAAUUUACUGAUAGAGUUGAUGGCUGAUGAUAUAGAAUACGUCUAUCAGAGGAGUCCAGCAAAGAUAAUUGACAUUCGCGUUCCAACAUUUGAAGCCUUAAGCCAAGUUGGUAUAGCAAAUGUCACUACUAAAAAUAUUGGUAAACUGGAGUCUUCAUAUAGCUUGACGUUUAAAUGCUCAAGUGGUAUCAGUCCUGUGGAGGAGCAGCUCUAUACCAUGAAACCUGAUGAAGUGAUUGCCCGAUCAUUUGAGUUGCGUUCAACAACAGAUCAAGCAGCAAUGCAUCAAUGUGAAGCUAUUCUGAAGGCAUCAGACUUUAGUGAACUUGACAGAGAAGGAUACCGUUUCUCUACCGCAGCUACGGUUUAUAACAAUGGAGCACAGAUCGGUCCAACGAAUGACCACAAGAAAGGCGGCUUCUGGGAUUCCAUCAAAGCUUUGUGGCGUAACCUGAUCGAUUUCCUUACUGGCAGAUUGUGCUGGACCAAAUGCCCGAGAUUGUUCGACUUCGGCUGCCAUAUUCAGUACGUAUGCAUCGGCUGGAUCCUACUGCUUCUCCUGAUACCCGCAGCUGUGGUUUUCCUGUGGCUUCUGCAUCAGGAAGGCUUGUUCGACCCGCUGUACGACUGGUGGGGGCUGGAGCCGGACGACGACUACCGCGCGCGCCGACGGCACCAGAAAGGGCGGCACCACCGGCACCAUCACGACCACCGGCACCGUCACGGCCACAGCCACGGCGACCACCACCACCACUACCACGGCGGGCACCACCAGAGGCGCAGGCACCACCACCCACCAGCGUGGGAUGUGGAAGGCCACCACCACGACAGGCAGCAGCACAGCCACGAAGCGGGGCGCAACCACCACCGUGGCUACGGCGAGGUGGUGGCCGCGGGCGCGGCGCCGCUGCGUUUGGACAGGGCGAGCCGGCCGGGCCAGACGGAGGUCGACGCCGUGGUGGAGUACAGGGAGCGGAGGAGCCGCCACGAGAGGCACGGCGGGCACGGGCACCGCGACGGCCACUACUCCCCGUCUGUGUAAGGGAUGGCUCUGACAGUCUGACGCAUCUAGUGUACGUGGGAUUGACAUUUGAGUAUUCACCAGCGAUCUCGUGGUGGACUUUUCAGUCAGUUCUUGACAUUGACGUUUGCCUUGUACUAAAGCCAACGUGGACUUUUAAUACCCUCCGUUUUUUAAUAGAUGACGCAGUUGACUUUUUUCAUA